AUGCAGGCUGAUAUCACGUAUUCCAUCUAUAGUGUCCUUCCUCCACCGCCGAGGUAUCCAAGCCAGGCGGGAUACGGACUCGUUCCUGGCCAUGUUGCGCCCAUGAUAGAGACCAACAAUAUUCUAUCCCACCCCUCAGGGCCCGAGUACCAAUUCCUGGUCGGAGAGGGCUUGUACACGCUCAAGGAAGACCUACAUCUUGCAACUCCCCCACCACAUCCAUCCGAAGCUCCAAUCAUCAAUCCGAAUCCUCUCGCGACGACUCCGCAACCUGCCACUGCCGGCACGAGCCUUUCUGUUGUCAACCUCGAUAUCCGUCCUCCACCGCCGGGCUUGUUUAGGGUCGGUUCUCGAGCAAAUGGCGUCCAGCAGAGCAUCCAAGAACAUCCAGAUGAAAGCCGGUCAUCUUCCGGUGUGCGUGGGAGCAGCGAGGGCGCCCGUGCCGCUUCUAGCGAUGCCGGGGCUAUCUUCUCGAAUACACCGGCAUUUGGCGAAGGGAACACGCUUUUGACUCAGACAAACUCAAAGGACAAUAAGCGGAAGAAGCCGAAGAACAGCAUGACAAAAAGCAAUUCCUCGUUUAUUUCCAGAGUUAUCGUUCACGAGUCUCUACACAAGAAGUUAAAUGAUCGACCAGCCGACGGCCUCUUCGCGUUUGCCAACAUCAACCGAGCCUUUCAGUGGUUGGAUCUCUCUUCACCCACAAAAGCCGACUACUUGACCAAAAUUCUUUUCACCAAAGCUCAUUGUCUCUGCCACGAUGUUAACAGGUUGACCAAGACUUCGUCACACAUUGACAAGGGCCUCAUCAACAAGACACCGGUAUCCAUGAUCCAAUGGAUCCCCGGAUCAGAGAAUCUCUUUCUGGCAGCGCACAUGGAUGGAACAUUAGUCGUGUACGAUAAAGAGAAGGAAGAUUCCAGUUUCUCGCCGGAAGACGAGGCAGCCACUCGCGCCAGUGGGGAAAGCAUUGGGGUUCCCAACGGCGUCAAGGGCUGCAACUACACCAACCAGAUCCAUGUCCACAAAUCAGUCCACUCAAAGAACCAGAAGGCGAACCCAGUGGCUGUGUGGAAGCUUUCAAACCAUCGUAUCAACGCGUUUGCCUGCUCUCCCGACCACCGGCAUCUUGCCGUGGUUUCGGAAGAUGGAACGUUGAGGAUAAUCGAUUAUCUGAAGGAAGAGCUGAUUGACCUGUUUUACUCUUACUAUGGCGGUCUCAUGUGCGUCUGCUGGUCGCCAGACGGUAAGUACGUCCUCACCGGCGGCCAGGACGACCUCAUUUCCAUCUGGUGUAUCUCCGAAUCUGCCCUCAUCGCCAGGUGCCAGGGCCACCAUUCGUGGGUAACCUCGGUGGCCUUUGACCCCUGGCAGUGCGACGGGAAGAACUACCGCUUUGGCAGUGUUGGCGAGGACUGUCGGUUAUGCUUGUGGGAUUUCAGUGUCGGCAUGUUACACCGACCCAAAGCUGCAUCAGUCAGACAGCGAGGAUCUUCCUUCUCGUCCCGUUUCGCAUCUCUCCAGAGGGCCGAAACGCAGAACACCACGACUAGUAAUCGUCUGCGGUCGGAUUCGAACCUAUCGAGCUCGGGAGACGCCGUGGCUGCCGAGGAGACACACGCUAUGCCCACCACGCCAAAGCAAAAGGUUGAACCGCAUCCCGUGGAGCCGAGGGCGAGGACGGCCAUGUUGCCACCUGUUUUGAGCAAGAUUGUUGAUGACGAUCCGCUCUGCUGGCUUGACUUCACCAAGGACGGCAUCGUGACGAGUUGCAAGUCCGGUCAUGUCCGAACAUGGAACCGCCCAUCGGACGACUCGUCUACGCCGUCUCAGUCUCAACAUGGAGAUGAUAACUAG